AUGGCAACAAACGUUAUCACAACGCCAACGGGACGGGGUAGAAUACUAUCGCCUUCAUUUCGGGACAUUGCUCCUAGUACUGUCGGCGAAAUUAGACAACAGGGCGAGGAAUUGGGUUAUCAGGGGGCAGAUUUAGAUAAAUAUGUCCGUUCUACAUUUAAACAAAUGCAAGACCAAGAACGAACUGAACGUUUGGCUCAAAGAGAAAGGGACCACAAGGAACGUUUGGCUGAAAGAGAAAGCCAAGCGCGUUUGGUCGAAAAAGAACUGGAACUGACAAGGCUAAAAAUGGAAAUGUUCAAAACGGGACAAUCUACAUCUGAAUCCAAAACCUCUCCCUUUUCAAUUAAAAUUAAAGCCCCUCCUGAUUUUGUGCAAGGAGAUGACAUGGAUGUGUAUAUAAGGCGUUUUGAAAUAUUUGCUAAUAAUUGCCAAUGGAGCCAAGAUGUAUGGGGGGUCGCAUUUAGUGGGCAGUUGUCGGGGAAGGCAUUGGCUAUAUAUAAUGCAUUGGAUGUUGAGCAGACUAAGGAUUGGGCGAGUGUGAAAUGCGCUAUGCUAAAAGCAUACAAUCUUACCGAGGAAGGGUAUAGGGAGAAAUUUAGACAAUCUAGACCUGCUAAGUUUGAAACGGCUACCCAAUUUGUCGUUAGGCUAAAACAUUAUUUGGCACGAUGGGUUGAACUGUCUGGCAUUGAAAAUACAGCGGAGGCAUUAAUAGAUUUAAUUGCACAGGAGCAAUACCUGUCCACUUGCAGUUAUGAAGUUGUGAUGCAUGUCAGAGAGCAUGCGUGCAAUACUGUGGGUGAGAUGGCUACCUGUGUUGAUCGUCGUGAUGAAAGUCGACACUACACUGGUAUGAACCAUAAAACACCGCGUGUAGAAAAAACAUCCAAAAAUACUAGUCAGUUACCCAGUCGUGCACAGGGCUUAGAAGCGACAGGGGGUCAACAGUCAAAAUGUAAACCAGUAUGCCAUCGGUGUGGUAAGCUGGGGCACAUGAAGACUAAAUGCUGGUCAACACGUGAUGCUAAAGGCAACAUAUUGACAGUUGGGGCAUGCAUGAAUACUCGUAGCGUCCUUAAUGCCUCAUCUGACAAAUCUACUGUGGCUAAUAGGGCAAGUACCUCGGUGCUGAUCACCGAGGGCAAACAGAUGCAAAUGACUAAAAUUGGAGAUAAGGUUCUGCCUGUGCCUGCUAUGAUGGGGAUUGGUAUCAGUGAGGUGGCUGAGACUAUAUCCAUGCCUAUUGCAGUGGGCACAGUGAAUGGUCAUAAGGUGAGUGUUCUCCGUGACACUGGUUGUAGUGGGGUAACAGUACGAACUAGUUUGGUGCACCCAUCGCAAAUGAGUGACGAGGAGGGCACUUGCAUAUUAAUUGACGGUUCUAGAAUUAGAACAGGUAUAGCAGAGUUGGAAGUCCAAACGCCUUACUACACUGGACCUGUGAGAGCACUCUGUUUCAAAUCUCCAAUAUGGGAUCUGGUUAUCGGUAACAUAGAGGGCGCUAGGGAACCCUUUAACCCCGACCUAGGUCAAGAUGGAGGGAGGUCGAACAUGGUGAACAAUCGUUAUUUGUAUAGGGGAACCCCAUGUAAUGAAACAGUGUCAGAGUUACAGAGACACAAUAAGGCAGGGAGGCAGUUUCAUGCCCCCAUAAGGCCGGGUGUCCAAGAAAAGAGUAACUCGAUUGAUGCGGUGCAGGGCGUUGUGACAAGGUCCCAGUUUUGGGGUGGGGACAAACUCAAGGCACCUCUUAAGGUCCUAACACGCCCAAAUAAUACAUUGGUCACGACAGAAGAGUUAAAAGCAGCACAAAAACGUGAUCCAACUUUGAAGCGAGCCCGGGAAUUGGCUACGAAGGGAGUGGAAAUCAAUACAGGCACUUCAAAUAUCUGUCGUUUCCUUUUUAAAAAAGGAUUGUUGUAUCGUCAUUUCCACUCUCCGUCAUUAGAAUUUGGGAGGACUUUUAAGCAACUGGUGGUGCCAUCAGCUUUUCGUCUGGAAGUUAUGAAGCUGGGGCAUGACUCAAUCCUUGCAGGCCAUUUGGGUACCCAGAAAACUAUCAAUAAGAUUUUUACCCAGUUUUAUUGGCCAGCAAUGCAUGAACAAAUUAAAAGAUAUUGUCGAUCAUGCGACAUUUGUCAACGUACCAUCCCAAAAGGGAAAAUAGGGAAGGUCCCUCUUGGUACAAUGCCAUUAAUAGAUGUACCAUUUAAAAGGGUGGCGAUGGAUCUUGUAGGGCCCAUCAAACCAGCCACUACAAAGGGUCAUCAAUAUAUCUUAACUGUGGUCGAUUACGCAACUCGUUACCCAGAGGCUACACCUCUGAAACGGAUUUCAACAGAAGUUGUAGCUGAGGCAUUAUUCACUAUAUAUUGUAGAGUAGGAUUUCCAGAACAAGUACUUACAGACCAGGGUACACAGUUUGUGAGUGAUGUGAUGAGGGAGGUCAGUAGGCUGUUGUCAAUCAAGCAGCUAACCACUACUCCAUACCACCCUCAAUGCAAUGGCCUUGUAGAGCGUUUUAACGCCACUUUAAAGGGCAUGCUCAAGCGCAUGUGUAGCGAACGCCCGAAAGAUUGGGAUCGGUAUAUAGCACCUUUGUUGUUUGCGUACCGCGAGGCUCCUCAGGCUAGUUUAGGCUUUUCCCCCUUCGAACUAUUGUAUGGCAGGACCGUAAGAGGCCCUAUGACCAUACUUAGAGAAUUGUGGACAGGGGAGGCUACCAGUCCUGAAGUCCUCAAUACCUAUGAGUAUGUGCUUAAUCUGAGAAAUCGAUUAGAAACUACUUGUCAGAUAGCACAGCAGGAACUAACAAAGUCAAGUGAGAGGUAUAGAUCGCAUUUCGACAAAAAAACUAAACCUCGGAAGUUCGAAGUUGGUGACCAGGUUUUGCUUUUGCUACCCACCUCUGCAGACAAACUGCGUAUGCAAUGGCAAGGUCCAUAUAAAAUUAAAGAGCGGGUAGGGCAGGUGGACUAUCGCAUAGACAAAAAUGGUAAACUGAAGUUGUAUCAUAUCAACAUGUUAAAAAAGUAUGAGGAAAGGAGUUUUGACAACUGUGAGAAAGAUUCUAUCACACGUUCAGAAGUGGGUACUGCAGGGCUAUUAACAUGCGUAUCUACUGGCAUGGUUGUAACCCCACCAGAUGAUCAGAGAGGAUGGUCCUGA